AUGAGUUUUGUCAGAAAAAGCGUAUUUGAAACCCCUAAAAUUGUUUUUAUAAGUGUGACUCGUCCAUAUGGCUUCCAAUCCAUUUGUAGUAUCCGUCGGUUAUCACUUGUAGUUGGUUUCACUUGGUGUCUAUCUAUUAUGUAUGCUGCUGCUUAUGCUCCAAUGACUACAGUAAUCGUGGAUGCGUCUAAAGAGGACACAGUUUGCCCAUAUCAUAACUGCCAACGUCCUCUAAUCAUAACAGCUAUUACGAUAAUCGUAAUUUCAAUGUUCACUGUCCUUGGAUCAUAUGGAAUAGUUGUUGCUAAAAUGGCUCAAAUUGCUCAUAGUGAAAAAAUGCACAAUGAGCCAGAAAUGACAAGAAAACGAAUGCAAAAAUUCUUCAAAUUCGGCGGACAUUUGGCUCUUUACACUCUCAUUGUCUCAUUGAUUUUCGUUGGUUCUCUUUUCAUCCUUCACAAUGCCGAAGAUUAUCAUCGAAUCAAUCGAAUGAUCGCAAUCAACUGUGAUGUUUAUGAUUACCUAAAUAUAAAACUUCGUCUUGAAACGAUUGCUGGAGGUGCUGUCCUCUUGUGGUGUGUCAGGAUUAUUUUCGACGUCGUUAUCACUUUUCUCGCGGAGAUUCGACUGUUACCAUGGCUUCGAUUGGAUAAUCUUCAGUCGUUGGAUAAUAACCGGAUUGUUUCUGUUCGACAUGGAUUGGGAUGGCAGAAAGGAUGUGUCAACUGUCCUGUUUUCAAUAUAGAAAAUCGUCUUCAUCCUUUGGAUUUCAAAAACUGA